GAAGAAUGCAGGAAUGUCAAGCCAUGGACAGCGACUUUCUUGCAUGAGCAAGUAUGGUGCGUUUCAUUGCAAGCCUCGUUGCGAUAGCUGGGGGCUGUGCCUUGCUCUUCGCCUGGUGGCUAUGGGCAGAGGUGCCGCAGAGCGAAGAGUACACGCUGCUCUUCGAGGACGAGCGUCUCACGCGCUUCUCUGAGCAUUGCGCGGCGGAGGUAUUCCUGGAAGAGCUUCCGGCGCUCGAGACGGGCGCGGUGCUGCACAGCGCAGUGGUCUUCCUGGGCCAUGGCGAGGUGAGUCCAUCGCAGGGCUGGCCAGACGACCCCCGGCCCAGCUGGGACUGCCGCCCUGCGGACCUCCCGAGACACUGGCGCUUGAAUCAGCAGGUGGAGUUCCAGGCCCUCGCGCCGGAUGGGCAGUUGGAGAGGUCCUUCGACCCGGAGCUCUUGCCUGACGACCCCAUGGAGCCGCGGGCCAGGCGUUGUGCCAAAGGCCAGCUGACGGCAGGUGGCUUCAAGCAGGCUGUCCUCGCAGGCCGUCGCCUGGUGGCACGUUACGGGGAGGCGCUGGCAGAGGCCACUCUGGAGGUACUCAGCCUGCCCCAGCGGCCCUGCCUCGCUACAGCCGCGGGGGCGCUGCUGCCGCUCCUGCCGGGCUUCACCAGGGGCACGGUUUCAAUCACGACGCUGGCCAGUGGAACCUUUGCCGAUGUUCCGGAUGCAGACGCGUUCCGCGAGAGCGAGGACUUGAUGGCAAGGUGGUGCCAUGAGGGCACCUUGCCUUGCAGCCAGCAGGGCUGCUUGACGCCCGCGCAUGUCGCGGCCAAAGUGAACGCGGCAGACGCGGAGCUGUGCGCAGAGGUGAAGCUGGCCAGGUGGCUGCAGACAGCUACGAGCAAGUCGCGCUUGACGCUGCUUAGCCUCGGGGUGGCGGAAAUGGCGCAGGUGUUUCGGGCGGUUCGCAAACGCUGCGAGCGCCCGGCUUUGGGCUCCCUGCUGGUCUUGGAGCGCUGGGUCAGGAACGCCUCGGCAGCCAGGUGGCGAGUUCUGUGGAACGGGCUGGACAUCUCUGAGAACCUCUGCCCUGGCGAGCAGAUGGGCUGUGAUGAGGGCCUCGUGCUCGACCGCCUCGGAUGAAAAAGAUGGCG